GCGAAGGACCGAAGUUCGCUGAACAAAAUAGUGGAAAAAGAUUUGUGUUUUAUUAAUUAAAACCCCGUUAGUGUAAGCCAUUUUUGGCUUUCCAAGAAGGCCUACCAUCGGCUGUCCGUCCUCAUGUGUUGAAGUCGCGACAACUGACCUGCGGGGAUAGUGUUUAGCCCUCAGCUCAGCCUACCUUGCGGGCACGACCGUGCCAAGCAGCAUCAUGGAGCGCUUCUCGAUUAACAUUCUGCAUCAGCAAAUCUACCGAGUUUGCCGGUUGUGCGGCGUGGACCAUCCGGAUAAGCUGCCGAUCAUCGAGGACGACGAUGUGGUAAUCCUGUUCGACGAGGAGGACGAGGAGACGAGUUUGGUGAAGAAAAUCGAGGAGUGCGUUGGGAUUUUGGUGCAUAAAGACGACAAGAUGCCACAGCUAAUCUGUCAGCUGUGUUUGGAGAAGGUGAAUGAUUUCUACGAAUACCGGUCGAUGUGCGCUGCAACCAAUGUGCAAACCCGCACCCUUCUCAACCUGCACAUGGUCCAUCCUGUGGUGAAGAAGGUGAAAAUCGAAUUGCCUCCGGUGCAGGAGGAAAUCGUACCGGAAAUCCCAGAAUUGGAAGAAAUGGAAGAUGUGGAAGAAGUGGUCGAAUCCAGAAGCGCACUAGCUACCAAAACUACUAAUCCAAGGGACGAUCGCUCCUCUAUGGACUACAACGGGGAGUCUGAAGAUUUGGAAAAAAUAAUUCCAAAGAAGCGGAUUAAAUUUCAGCACGGAUGCGAGUAUUGUAAAGACGUAUUCACGGAAUCACUGGGACUGCUGGAGCAUUUAAAGCGCAGGCAUACGCCCCGGGUGUACCGGUAUGCCUGUUACACGUGUUGCGAAUACUUUGAAACACAGCGCGAUCUGAAGGACCAUGAAUCCUGGCACAAGGCAACACGCACAAAGUAUCAGUGUUUUAGGUGCAGUAAGAAGUUUGUCGCCAGCAAAACAUUAACAACUCACAUCGAUACAAAUGCUUGUGUGCGCCCGGAACGUUCGGUUGUUCCCGUACAACUGGUACCCGAUUUACGCUGCCCGGAAUGUAGGAAGCUGUUCAAAACGCGGAAUCUGUACGAAUGGCACUCGUGCUUUCUGAAGGCAAAAACGAACUGUCCCAAGUGUGGCAAAUUCUUCCGACAGAAGCAACCACUUCUGCGGCACUAUAUAUUGUACUGUUCAGGGACGCUACCCAUCAGGGAACCUCUUUGGGAAACGCUGAAAAACGAAGCGAUUGAAAGCAAGCCGGACAUUUACUUCCCUCUCGAACCGGUUCCAGGAGGUACGGGUGCGAUGGGAGAUAGGAAGCGAGCACGUGGUCGUCCACCGGGCAAAAAAUCUUCAGACCAACAACAGUUUAACGAUGAGAUGAAGGUGGAAGCGGAAGAGCAAUGUGAGCUACCGUAUCCUCCACCGCUCGAGGUGUGUAUGACGGUGAAGUCCGAAGAGCCAACAUCUACAAUCCCGGCUACUGGAAGGCUCUUGGACGAUUCUCCGGUGACGUCGCGAUUACGCUCCGGAACCAUGCCUAUUAAUUCCUCCGAUUCUGCAACUACGAGUGUGGACAAAAAGGAUAGAAGAAAUCGUCGGACGCGAUCCUCUACCAUCGUAGAGGAGGAACAGGAGGAACGAACUGUGAGGGAUACUGAUAGCGCCACAAGCGAAAGCACCCUUAGUGCUACAUCCCCAACCAAGCCACCCAUGGUGACACUGUCCAUGGAAACGAUCAAACAGGAGUUUCUUGAAAUGAAUGAACUGCGAAAGCAGCUGGCAGGAAGUUUGUCGCAGAAUGAUGAGCCGCCGACCGAAACACCCAAGGCCAGUGACGAGGUUAAUGAGAACACCCACGUUGCAGGGACAACAGAAGAUGACCAUGCUGGGGACAAUUGGCAAGACGAUGGCAAUGACCAUUCUAAUGACUCGGACGAUAAUGCUGCUUACACUCCUCUUCCGGAGAUGACAAACACUGAUGAGGUGGCUGAUGGCACCGAAGAAACUGUUGCAAGUGAAAACGCAGCUUCACCAUUAGAAAAUCCGGUACACCCAACAGGGGAAAGUGGCACAGGGGAGAUCGAAGGAGUGGAAAGUGAACACAUUUCACUUCCAGCGGAUAUUGCGAUCAAGCAGGAACCUCAAGACGGAGGUAUGCCAAUCGUGCAGAGUCCGCUUCGAAUAACGAUUAAGAAAGAGAAAGGUCUGUUGAAUGAUGGCGGUGGUGUUUCGGGUGGGACUAUAUCCUGGACGAUCGAACCUUCUGCUACGGACGAUCCACUGUAUCAAGCCGCCGUGCCAACCAAACCUUCAAAAAGGACUUCUCCCUCAAAAAAGGCAUCGAAACGAAAAGAAAAGCGAUCGCUGCCGAGUGAUACCCACCGAGAGGAACGAUCCGUAAGCAAGAAACCAAGGCAACAGUGUCCGGUGCGUGUUAAACAAGAGGUGCCGGAUCCGGAGGAUGAUAAUGAUGAAAAUCAGAACGAUUUACCUAUCGCUGAAGACGACGGAUCUGUUGUGCGGAUCAAGCCGGAACCGAUUGAUCCGGGUUACAUAGAGCGUCCAAUUAAAAGUGAAUUUCCCAGUGCAUCUUUACAUGCCCAUGCGCACCAGGAUCAUAGUUCUGACUCCGCGAAUCAAAAUGAAGGUAUGGAUACCGUGAAUGAACCAGUUGUGGCAUUCGAUGGAGUGCACAUAAAAUUGGAACGCUUUGCUGCCAAUGACAAUUCCGCUAACGAUGGGAUAAACAAUUCAUCGUUCUGUGGGGUCGGAGAAGAAGUUAGAAGCAAUCGGAUUGUAUCAAAUCCCUUCUCAAAAUCGGUUCGAAAGAGCGAUGAGAACACUUUGCGACGCAAAACACAGGAAGCCAAAGCCAAGAGUAAAUUGAAUAAAAUGAUCAAUCCUUUUGCGCUAAUGAAACAAAAGGCUACGCAAGACCAGAGGCGCGCUAUUUCUGAUCUACCGACGAAGUCCACGCCAGCGAUCUCCGAGGUUGAUUCAAGCGAUCCUGCUGCGGAUCAAUUAGCAUUAAAUUCAUCUCCACUGUCGACAAGUAACUUAUUAAACCACCAAACACACGCAGAGGACAGUUCGGCUUCCGAAAUAGAAGCCGCACAGAAACCGCAAAGUGAAAUGAGGCAAGAGUUUCCUGAUUUCGGCGGAACUAGUGGAGAAAAUGAAGAGAAUUCCAGUAAUUCUACGACAGACGCUGUAACGAAACAGUCAAAUGAUCAUAAUUUAGCAACAGCUAUUGGAAACAGUGAUGAGAGCGUUGAAAGUAAUGAAGAAACAGCGCAGGAUCAACACAGUACAGAAGUGACUGAUACUGCGAAUCCGUCGUCACAACUAUCAGUUGAAAAUGAAGAUGCCAUUGAUAAUAUGAAUGAAGAUCAGCCGGUAAUCGCGGAGUUUACAUCAAAGCUUCUAUCAGUUAAUCAAAGUGAAACGCUAAAAAUGAAAUCAAUAGAAUUUCAGAGAGAUAGCAGCGCUGGUGAUGAAUUUAAAGAAAAUCUAACGAAAUCUAGUGAAGUAAAUAAUGAAAUACUAGAUCAAGCGCUAAGUAACAGUGAACAGAGUAUAGAUGAGGAUGAUAGUAGGAAUAAUGUAAUAAGCAUGGAACAGAAAACCAUGGAAAUUCCAGAGGUAGCUCAUGCUUCUGAUACAAAAGAAGUUAAGAGUAAAACCAGUCCUCCCAAAAUGGUAGAAACAUAUGCUGCUACUCCUGAGGAAGAAGCAGGAUCUAGCAAGCAGGAUCUUGCAACAUCUGAUAUUCCUGAGGAUUUAGAAAACGAUCAAGAGUUGUUACCUUCAACCGAUUCCAGCGAGGUGGACAAUAGCGCUGGUAAUUUUCAAUCGAAUGUUGGUAGUCAGACUGGAAAAGAGACAGUAAAUCCUAUAAUAGGUGCUUCGUCAUCGGUGGCCGAUGAAGGAUCGUGUAGCGCUAAAGCGAAAACCUCUGCAGCAUUAGAUGUUUUAAUGGAUGGCAGCGAGGUGAGAAGGUCUAGCUCCGAAAAGGAUGCAGAAGUUGUAAACGAAGUUUCUCAUGAUUUAUCAGUAGUAAACACGGACAACAUAAAGCAGCCCGCCUCUAGCGUCGCCGAGAACGCGACAACACUGAGUUAGGCUGGUUUCCUGAGCGAUUAGUCGUGAGAAGUCAACCAACAAUGGCAUUCGUACUGCGCCUCGAUAUGCAUUGCAUUACUGUGUUUUUUUCCUAUGUAGACUAAAGAAAACGGGACUUUAAAAUAAGUAUAUCAGCUUACUGGCUUUGUAGAGAAAAAGUGAAAACCUACUUUUAAGCUAAUUCCGCAGCAUCUUACCGAGAGAACAAAUAAAAACUUGUGAAUAUAUUACCUCGUACGAAAGAAGAAACAGAAGAAAACGGAUUUGAUGGCGGACCGAGACCGAACGAAACAACGUUACCAACGUGCCGUUGCCACUGGCAAC